AUGACAGAUUUCAAGCUGCCACAGUCCUUUCAUUGGGGUUUUGCCACCGCCAGUUAUCAGAUCGAAGGCUCACCCACAGCCGAUGGACGGCUACCCUCAAUCUGGGACACAUUCAGUCACACGCCUGGUAAGACCGCAGACGGUCUGACGGGAGAUCACGCAACGGAGUCGUACAAGCUAUGGAAAGAAGAUGUUGCCCUUCUCAAGUCUUAUGGAGUUACAGCUUACCGAUUCUCUUUCUCCUGGUCGAGAAUCAUCCCUGAAGGGACCCGGCACUCGCAAGUCAACCAAGCUGGGAUAGACUUCUACAGACGAUUCAUCCAGGAGUUGCUAGACAGCGGGAUCACACCGUUCGCGACCUUAUAUCACUGGGAUCUGCCAGAGAAGCUCGAGACCACUUAUGGUGGCUGGCUUAAUAAGGAAGAAAUUGUGAAGGACUUCACAUUCUACGCAGAGACCUGCUUUCAAGCAUUCGGAGAUCUCGUCAAAGACUGGAUUACAUUCAACGAACCAUGGUGUAUCUCAUGGCUUGGAUACGGUAACGGCAUUCAUGCGCCAGGACGUACCAGCGACCGGAAACGAUCAUCUGUAGGCGAUUCAUCCACAGAACCAUGGAUUGUUGGUCACAACGUCAUCCUUGCCCAUGCGUAUGCCGUUGCUGCCUAUAACGGUCGGUUCAGGGAAUCGCAGGGCGGCCAGAUUGGAAUCACGCUCAACGCAUCAUGGCUCAUGCCCUACGAUCAUACGCCUGCUAAUGUUGAUGCGACCAAGCGCGCGAUGGAUGUCACUUUGGGAUGGUUUGCAGAUCCUAUCUACAGAGCCGAGUAUCCGCAAGCCCUGAAGGCCAUGCUAGGAAGCAGACUCCCAGAGUUCACAGAACAAGAAAUCCAACUCCUCAAACAUACCUCGUCCGACUUUUUCGGUCUCAAUACUUACACGAGCCACCUCGUUCUGGAAGGCGGAACGGACGAGUCGAAUGGAAAAGUCAAAUACACAUUCACGCGUCCUGGUGGGAGCCAGCUUGGGACUCAAGCGCAUGUGCCAUGGCUUCAGGCUUACGCUCCUGGGCUCCGUGAGCUUCUCAAAUAUGUUUGGAAGACAUAUGGAAAGCCAGUAUACGUGACAGAGAACGGUUUCGCCAUCAAGGGAGAGAAAGACACGACUAUCGAGGAAGUCGUCCAUGACGUCGACCGCGUCGACUAUUACAAAGGAUACGCUGGCGCGGUACUGGAUGCUUAUGCGGAAGGAGUCAAUGUGCGGUCGUACUUCGCUUGGAGUCUGUUGGACAACUUCGAGUGGGCCGACGGGUACGAAACAAGGUUUGGGACGACUUAUGUCGAUUAUUCUACCCAGAAACGCUACCCGAAAGACUCGUCCAAGUUCCUGACGCAAUUCUUUGAGGAGCAUAUAACCAAGUGA